GUGUAUUUUUCUGAAUUUGAACUUUCCAUAGUCCCGCUCUUGAAUAGUGCGAUGUGGUCUCUGCUUCUCUCUCCUCAUCUUUUGAUUAUCUCUAUUUGAUCUCUCUCUUUCUUUCAUUUCUUGGAGCUCAGAAAGAGGUAACAAGGCUACUAUCCCAAACUAGGAAGCCUUCUUUGCUCUUUGCUAAAGCUUUAAAGAUGAAGGAAAGUGCUGCAACUGUUAGAGAGCCAACAGCUCGAGUGACAAGAGCACGAGCUGCUGCUUCACAAUCAUCUGAACGGCUGCUUAUUUUGGACUCAACAAAGCAGCAAGGCCAGAAGCGUGAUUUACGGAAAAACUCUAAAAGAGUAGCUUUGGAAGAACAGAUUAAUUGUGCUGCUACUAAUCAGCACAAAAGAAGGGCAGUUCUCAAGGAUGUAACAAAUGUUUCCCAAGAUAAUUUGAAUACAAACUGCUCCAAUGCAUCUAAAAUUGCGAGAAAGAAUCUGAACCAGAUCAAAAGAGGUUCAGUGGAUGUCUCCAAGGUAUCAUCACCUGUUGCAGAGAAGGUUCAACAAAAUCCAAAAACCGAAACUGAUGAGGUAGUUGCAUUCACAGAAACUGAGUCCACAGGUUCGUGGUUGUUGGACAAAAAUGCACAUCCAGAGCCAAUUGCUGAGAAAGAUUCAUGCGAAGAUAUUCCUUCACAUAACGUACCAGAAUCUGGAGUGCCUCCAAAUAAAGAAGAUAAAAUAGGUCUUGUGAUGUUGACAAGCUGUUCAAAGGGAGAAUUUAUAGACAUCGAUGCUGAUCAUAAGGAUCCUCAGUUGUGCAGACAGUAUGCUGUAGACAUCUAUAACAAUCUACGAGUUGCUGAGCUCAUGCGAAGACCAGAUUCCAACUCUAUGGAAAUUGUUCAACAAGAUAUCACCAAGGGUAUGCGUGGAAUUCUGAUCGAUUGGCUUGUGGAGGUGUCUGAAGAGUACAAGUUGGUGCCGGACACACUUUAUCUCACUGUGCAUCUCAUCGAUUUAUAUCUUUCCGAGUUCUACAUUGAAAGGAAAAGACUUCAAUUGCUGGGCAUAACUUGCAUGUUAAUUGCUUCGAAAUAUGAAGAAAUUUGUGCACCGCGCAUUGAGGAAUUUUGCUUCAUCACUGAUAAUACUUAUUCCAAAACAGAGGUUCUUGCAAUGGAGAGCAAAGUUUUGAAAGACUUGAGGUUUCGACUUUCUGCACCCACUACAAAAACUUUUCUUAGGAGAUUUUUGAGGGCAGCACAAGCUUGUUCCAAGACCCCAAGUCUUGAGCUGGAAUUCCUGUCCAAUUAUUUGGCAGAGCUGACAUUGGUUGAUAACGGCUUCCUGAAAUAUAUCCCAUCAAUAGUUGCAGCUUCAGCUGUAUUUUUAGCCAGAUGGACAUUAGAUCAAUCAAACCACCCAUGGAAUCCAACACUGGAGCAUUACACUUCCUACAUGGCAUCAGAUCUCAAAGCCGCAGUUCUUGAGUUGCAAAAUUUGCAAUUGAACACCAAGAAUAGCCCUCUCAUUGCUAUACGCGCAAAGUACCAACAAGACAAGUUUAAAUCAGUUGCACGUUUGUCUUCUCCGAAACUGCUGGAGACCCUAUUCUAACAAUGUGAUGGAGUGCUAACAGAUGCAACUACUCUUACCAUAUUGCGCAAGAAUGAUGUCUAUGAAUUUCUGCGUUUCGUCCUCCUCUUAGCGUUGGAGGGUUGUACUUAAAAGAGCUAAUCUAUAAAGUCUUUUGCAUGCUGCAUUCAUAAAUUGGUUCAAUGAGCCAUUUCUUUAGUUCAUUCGUUUCUGUUGAUAAAA